AUGGGUGAAAAAAGAGUUGAAACAUUAAAUGGGAGAAAAUGGCAAAAUAGAUCACCCAGAAUGAGACUGAUGGAUUGGAGUUGGAUUGGGCUGAUUGGGGCAAAUGGGUGUAUUGGGUGCAGUAGGAGAAUGGGAGCAGGUGGAUUCCUGUCAAUUUAUUCAGAUGGAAUUAAAAUAGAUAACGAGAUUAACUCAAUUUGUACAGAAUGCAACAAGGCACUAAUUUCAUAUUCACUAUUUGAUAGGCUGGGAGAGUAUAGGAUAGUUAGAAUGGAGGUGUUGGAUAAGGAAAUAGGUGAAUUAGUUGAAUUUGUUGAUAGAGUAUGCAGUGGAAUGGAUAUUGAUCAGUUUAUAGAUGUUGAUCAGUACACUGAUAAAACCGGUGUAAGUAGUGGAUUGGGUACGUUCCUGAUAAAAGUAGCAAAUAACCAAGUUUUAGGCAACAAAAUAGUACUUAGUACAGCACUAUCAAAAAUAACUGUACUAAAAGUGCCAGUGAUCAAGUUAGGAGGUACCAAUAAAAUCAGGAUGAUUUACACUGAACUGGUUGCAGUUGAUGGUCUGUGGUACUACAGCAAUAACCCAAUUGAUCUUAUUGGUUUCAUUUGGCUCAAAUACAGGAUGAUCAAUAUUGAUCAGGUUGGAAUUAAGGUGUUUGAUGGUGAUAUACAGACUAUAUUCGCCACAAACAACUAUCCUAUUCACGUAACCAGGACAAUCAGGGUCAAUGAAGCAGUUUACGAACUGGAAUCAAGUCACAGAAUGAAAUUUAUCAACAUAAUUCAGGAUAGAGCCAAUCAACCUGUAAUCAAGGAGAGUUUGAACAAGAUUGGUCUGAAUGAAAUAGUAGGAAAGGGUGUCACCCACGAGUACACCAAUUUACUGAUGAUAUUGACCCUGAUACUGGCACUAUUUUCUAUUUUAAUGGUAACUUAUUUGCUGAUAACUUCUCUACUGGUAGGAAACCCCUAUAAAAAGUGUAAUGGCAACCAAGAAUAA